GCGAAUUAUGGAUCUUAAGCAGGAUCAGAAUCAGUCAGUUCCAUCGACUAUCAUGCCGAUGUCUUACGAGGAAAUGAUCCGCCAACUGAACGAAGCGCAGAUGGAGCUAAAAAUCAGAUACGAACAGGCGUCAAAGUUAGCAAUUGAUUGCGCAAAACUGCAGUUGGAGUAUCUAAAGCUCUACAAGCCGCAAUUGUUACAGAUACUAGAAGAGCUGCGGGACAUUUCUAUAUCCGCGGAUUCCGUCGAUCCGCCGAAUGAUGGCGAUAUCGAAUCGCGCGAUAACCAGGGUAACGAAGUCCUUCGCGCGGAUGAAGACGUAUCGAGGAAAUCUAUGAUGUAA